AUGGAUUCAGGGUUAUCGUGGGCUGAUCAAUGGGAUCCAAACCCAGACCCCGGAACGGAAGCUUCCGACGACAAGAAGAAGAAGAAGAAGGAAGGUUCCGGCAAGGUCAAGGUUAGCAAGUCGUUUCUGAGUUUCAAAUGGAUUAAAGAGUUGAGGAAGAAAGGUAAGCAAAAGGAGAAUGACAAGUAAACAAGAAGAAUGAGAUUAAACCUUCCCAUGGAUGGAUCCUGAUCAUAACCCUAUAAAGAUUCU